CCUCAGCGGCCGCCGCGGAUUGUCUGAGGCUCAGUCGCCACCUAGCAGUGUUCGAGUGAAGACAUAUUACGAUCUCCUUCCGCGGUGUCUCUGUCUGUAAUUAAGCCCCGUCAAUUGGAACGGGCAUUAACGCUGGAACAAUUGAUAACAGUGGCGUGUUUUACGAUAAGCUAGCGAAAAGAGACACGGUUGGUUUACGCAUUUCCAGGACAUUUGUGUUUAGGCCGAUUUGUCGUUCAUCUUCCUGGAGAGAGAGAAAAAAAAAAUGAUUGUGACCACAACAAAAACUUUUCCGGAAAAGCUGGAAAUCUCCCCGAAGUCCAACUGAUAAGAACAAGGUCGUGCAGAAAGUGACGAUCAUGAAACCAGCAUCCUGACUCAUGAACAAACGGUGCUUGCUUUACUUGCAUUUUCAACUCCUCUCGAUGACAGGAAGUUGAUGUUUCGCCUCACUGCCUUCUAAAGCUUCCCGAGAGACACCUGUCUUGGACAGAACUGACAUCUGGAGUCGAAAAAGAAUUUCUCUCCGUACACAAUGCUGAAUAAAGGGCAAGCUGAACUCAAUGGUGCUUCCACAACCGACCCUCUGUGCGCUUGGGACCCUGACGCGGCAAGACUAUUGAAGGUGGUGGACAGUGAAAACCUGGAGGCUCUGGAAGCCCUCUUGGAAUCUGGGGUGCACGUGAACGGCCAUGGAGGCUCAUUCCACGAGACGGCCCUACAUCGGGCAGCACAGAUACGAUGGACAUCAGGGGUCAGCUUCUUACUUAGCAUGGGGGCAUCAGUCUACGCUAAGAACCAAUUUGGUCAGACUCCACUGCACUACGCUGCUGCUUCGAGGUCUACCACCUGUAUCAAGCUACUCUUGGAGAAUGGCAGACCCGGCAUCUUAGACCACACAGACAUGAGAGGUCACACUCCGCUCCACGAUGCCUCGGCCUCUGGAUGCCUAAACGCCGUUAAUAUUCUUAUUAAAGCCGGUGCUUUGGUUCAUGCCAAAGACGCCAAUGGCGAGACCCCACUGCAUAAAGCGGCAAAAGCCAGGUCUGUGGUUUCGAUGGUAGCACUACUCAAUGCUGGGGCAGAGUUAGGGAGCAAAGACAACAAUGGUGAAUCUGUGCUGUCCUACACAUUGUUGCAACUCCCUGGCACAAUGGAUGCAGUCUUCGACCAUUGUAUUGUCACCAAUUCUUCAAAAAUAAACACCAAAACUUUAGAAGCCUCAAUGAAUUUUCUUCCAUUAACUGGGUCAUAUAAAAAGAAUCAAGUGCAAAACUUGCAAACAUUCGUUGACAUGGGCCAUGCUAAGCUAUUAAGUCAUCCACUUCUAGAGACAUUUUUAUUCAUCAAGUGGAUGAAAGUGCGGAAACUCUUUCUUAUUGAAGUUAUAUUCUAUUUACUAUAUGCAGUGCUGACAACUGUACUGAGUUUCAAUAAGUUUGUGUGGGACACUAGCUGCAAUAGCACCAACGCAUCAGCCUGCGCAUGUUCGACGGCUAACCACGUUAAUUGUAGCGCAAGCAUUAGUCCUCUAGAUAUUAAAAGUAACAACGCUCUUAAGGGUCUGGUUGUGUUCCAGACUGGACUCAUCCUACUACAGCAACUGCUGUCCAUCAUGCAAAACAAGUUAGCCUGGAUCCGGUCCAUCUCAGGCGUCCUUCACGUCAUCAUCGCCUUCCUAGUCUUGCUGGUUGUACCGAGCUGCAGCCCAGAGGAAUGGCAGCACCACUUGGCGACGUGGCUUCUGCUGCUCAUGUGGACGGAGUGCAUGCUGCUCAUCGGGCGCUUCCCCAACUGCGGCAUCUACGUGGUCAUGUUCCAAAGGGUGGCGACGGUCUUCCUCAAGAUCUUCGCCAUUUACUUCUGCUUGCUACUCGCCUUCUCCUCGGCCUUCUACAUCACCCUGAACUGUGCCAAAUCUGAAGGGGGUGAAGGCGGGUCAAAUGUAUUCAAGAACCCGCUGCUCACGUUCGUCAAAACGCUCACGAUGAUGAUAGGCGAGCUGGACUUCGGGACUGAGUUUGUGAAUGGCCUGUCCCACCUCGAAUUCACGGGUCACCUCAUCUACCUCUUCUUUGUCAUCCUGGUGUCCAUCAUUCUGUCGAAUCUACUCGUUGCUUUAGCAGUUAAUGAUGUGCAAGGACUGAGGAAUUCUGCCCACCUCGAGAGGCUGAUCAAACAGACGGAGCUGGUGUUCCAGAUGGAGAGGAACUGCGCGACGGCCGCCUACAUAGCGUCCUACGUUAAGAUCCCCAAAUUGAAUGACCUUCUCAUGAAGGUUGCUUACCUCUGCAAACACGCCUGUGAUGAAAACCGCGUGUUUCUGUUUCCAAAUCAUCCAAAAAAGGCGACCAGGCUCUUCAUAGCGCGAAACAAGAAGUGUAAAGACUACAACCUUCCCUCCCACUUGCUGGCCAACGUGAUGGAGUGCCUCCGGACGCGGGAGGUGGACACGACCAGCACCACCAAGAGCAGCAUGAAGAUCAAAAGGGGCAGCCGCAUCCGCAGGGGCGACUACCACCGCAACGACAACGAAGAGGUCAAGGUCAACAUCAAGGACCUGGAGGCCAACAUGUCCGACAUCGUCAGCGAGAAGAUGGAGGACAUCGUCGAGUCCUACGGGACCCUCAACAAGCGGAUCACGACGCUGGAGGACAAGUUGGAGAAGGUCCUCGACCUCCUCCUCAAGAACAGCGGGGAGGCGACCCCGUCGCCGCCGCCGCCGCCGCCGCCGCCUCCGGCGAGCGCGAGUCCUCCGAAGGACGCCAGAGGGGAGGAGGAAGAGGACGAAUCUGGCUGUUAGAGCUCCUCUCGAGGAUGGAUGGAUGGACCUCAGCUUUUCCCAAAGCCUAGAAAAAUAAGUUUAAAAAAAUGCGCAGAAGUUUCUUCGGUGCAAUCGAGUUGUCUGUAAAGAGUAUAAUGCAGUAUGAGCCGCGGCCCAUGAGACUAAACACGACCCAGUGGUGGCCUGUUCUAUAUCGUUGCUAGACGCACGGUUAUGGCUAACUUUAACCUUGAAUAAAAUAAAAACUACUGAUGCUAGAGGGAUGCAAUUUGGUAUGUUUGAUGAUUGGAGGGUGGGUGAUCAACAUACCAAUUUGCAGCCCUCUAGCCUCAGUAGUUUUUUUUUAGAUAUGAGGGCGGAAAGAAAAAGUGUUGACGGACAGACAAAGCCAUUUAAAUAUUUUUCUUUUACAGACAACUAAAAUAAGUGCCAUGUUUUAAUAAUAGCUACAAGCUCAUCCGGCCGCGAAAGUCGACGUUUCGUCACAAGAAACGUCUGUUCUUGUGUGGCCGUGGAACUAUUGACGACUUCGCGUUACUGGCAUUCGUGAUCGGUUAACGUGAUGCUAUCUGUGAUCUUGUACAUAGAAUCUUUACUACACGAAUUACACAGUCCUUAACUCUAGAAGUAUUCGAAUGGCUGAACUUUCUCGUGGCCACUGGAAGACGGCUCAAGUCACGCCAUGAGUGGUUUUUAUUUAAAAUAACUUUAAUUAUUUCCAUAUUAAAUUAAGCAUUCAUCAAUUCUUUUUUUCUUUUUUUACUGAAAGUAUAUUUAAUAGUCUAGCGGUUUGACACUUCUGGUGUGAAUGGCUUGGAGACUUCAACAGGCCUUGAUAGUCAUAUCUAAUCAUACGAGACAUAAAAACUCUUUUACAUUAUAUAAUUAAGUGGAGGCGUUUUCGGUGAAUUGUGAACGCUCUCAUCCACAUUAUCAGAGAACUAUGGUCUAUGAAUAUUAUCAUUCAUAUAGAUUUAACUCAAAGUGAAAAUACUUGUGGUGAAACCAUUAUUUUUAUUACUAAAUAUACUCCAUUGAAAGUGAAUGUGCUGUCAGUGACCCGUGAACAAUUACCUUGAUAUAUUUACAAUGAACAAAAAAGCAAUAAAUGUGACCCAAUGAAAUAUACAAACAGUUCAAAACAACAGCAAAUGACUUAGAUGUUUAAGCUGAAUUAGUGCAUAGGAUAAAAGGUGUACAAGAAAAUGAACGAAAAGCAUAUGCGUUGUGAUGUUCCGGUAACAGCAAAUACGAGAAGACUGGAUCUUCCAAAAAAUAUUAUAAAAGGUGCUUUUCCUGAAGAAUACAUCAGCUAUUGAGUGGUUCAAUGACAGUCGUGGCGUAGCCAUGCUACUGAUGUAUGUGGUGAAUUUAGGCAACAAUAAACUUGCUAACCCAAACGAUUUUAUCAGACGACGAACUUUCGGUGCAAGCACCAAUCCAAACACGUCAAGAUGGAAGGGGCAUAAAGCGCUUGCAAGCGCCCAAAAGAAACUCUUGUUAAGGUCAAGGAGGAAUAACAGACGACUCAUCUGUGAUGUUACGUUAGUGCCAACUGUGUAUUAAGUGCCUGUUGACAGUAUUAAUGCCAUUAAAUAUUAACAAAACUCACGUAAAAAAA